CACACUCGCGCGUUUUUACGCUAAACCGUUGGCGGCGAAUAGAAGCAGCAGAAGUAAGUAUGGGUCUGUGGCGUUCCCAAAUCAUUCCCGCGAUUCUGCUGAUCGUUCUGGCUUUGGUGGAGAUUCUGUUGGUGGUUCUUCCAGCAAAAGAGAUGGAGGUGCCUCCAGAAAACAUGUAUGGAAUUGUUCUGGAUGCAGGCUCAUCUCACACUUCCAUGUUUAUUUACAAAUGGCCGGCUGACAAGCAAAACAAUACUGGCAUCGUUACCCAGCAUAAAGAGUGUCAUGUAGAAGGUGGAGGGAUAUCUAGCUAUGCAGGCAAACUUGGUGGUGCAGCAAAGAGUCUGGAGAAGUGCUUGGAACAAGCUUUGGAGUACAUUCCCAAAUCCAGACACCAUCAAACUCCACUCUGUCUGGGAGCGACUGCAGGCAUGAGGCUCCUGAACAUAGUCAAUCUCUCAGAGUCCCAGCGUAUAAUGAAGGAAGUGGAAAACAAACUGCGGUCCUACCCUUUCAAAUUCAAAGAGGCAAUCAUUCUGAACGGGCAGGCAGAGGGGGCGUUUGGCUGGGUCACCGUCAACUACUUACUGGAAAACUUUGUCAAGUAUGGUUUUGUAGGUCGUUGGAUGAAUCCAGGCAGAAAGACCAUUGGAGCCUUGGAUUUAGGUGGAGCAUCUACUCAGAUUACAUUUGAGACCUCUGAAAAGGUGGAGAAUGAAACGAAUGUAAUGGAGUUGAAGCUUUAUGGAAAAACCUACAGACUAUACACCCAGAGCUUCCUGUGCUAUGGCCAAGACCAGUAUCUGAGGAAACUGCUGGCUCAUCUCAUCAAGUCUCAGAUUCAGAAUCAGGGUCAACACGAAGUGUUUCACCCCUGCUAUCCAAAGCAGUUCAAGGAAUCUAUCAACCUGUGGAAGGAUGUCUUUGAUUCUCCCUGUUCUGUGGACUACAAACCAGCCAACAUUGACCUGCAAAUGAAUGUAACAGUAGUGGGCACAGGAGACUACCAGAACUGCCUGGACAAUGUAAAGAAGAUGUUCUCCUUUGACAACUGCACAUACUCCAAAUGUUCCUUUAAUGGCAUCUUCCAGCCCAGCUUGAGAGGAAGCUUCAUGGCAUUCUCUGCUUUCUUCUUCACUCACAAAUAUAUUUCCACCCUCACCAACAUUGACAUGACAUCUCCCAAUCAAACAGCAGAGGCUAUCCAGCUCAUCUGCAACAUGAGCAUCUCUGAGAUGAUAGAUAAGACAAAAUAUGCAGAGAAAUACAUGAAGAAUGUCUGUGCCAUCUCCAAUUUUGUCCUGGUGCUCUUAACGCAGGGUUACCAUUUUGAUGAGGUUUCCCUUCGUUCUAUUUCUUUUGAGAAAACGGCUGGGGGAGCAUCUGUAGGCUGGGCCAUGGGAUACAUGCUAGACCUGACCAAUCUAGUUCCAGCUGAACCUUCUGGAGUGAUGAAGGCCCUGCCCACAGGGCCCUGGAGAGGAAUCCUUUUCCUCUCUGUCAGCCUCAUCUUCUUUGCAAUGGGAUACCUCCUAAUGGUCUAUAGAAAAACAAAAACUAAAGAAGACAUCAUUUAAGAGCAAGGGUAACCAAGCUCUCUGACCAAGAGAGUUUUCUUAAAGUAUCUUCCCCAAAAUUUUCAACAAUUUUUUUAUAUUGGAUGAUUUACACAGUAAAGUGUGUCCUAUAUAAUUUUUGUUGUAGAUUCACAAAGUUCUGUAAUUUUUCAGUUUACUCAU